UUAAAAUGAUCACAGCCUGGACGCCCAUCGUGCGCAAACCUAGCUUAAAUGUCCUUCGCAUGCAUAAUAUUAAUAGGUGGCUAUAUAGUGUUGCCUUUUAUUAUUAGACUUAAAUUAGAUCCUCUUUUUUAUACUAGGAUGAAUUGUGCACUCUGAAAGAAAACACGUCAACAUUGGCCUUUCUGACAUAUGCUGCAGCUCCAAUUCCAUCUUCUGGAAGAACUUUUGAGAAUAAUGGCAUCAUUGAGUUAAGUAGCCAGCGAUCAAACCACCAGACACGAUUACAGUCACCGCAAACCAGUUCUACUUGUCCUAUAUGGGCGAUUAAAAUGGCUAACAAUCAGUUACUUGCUGAAACCUUACAAUGGAAUGAAUUAUUCGGUGAACAUGAGUGCGCAGAGUCAGAAGAUGAAAAGGAUAUGUUAAAGAAGUAUUUAGAAUGUACAAAAAAUCCAAGGCACACUUCAUUUGUUCCUAUUCUAAGAUUCAGCUUACAUCACCUUCCAGAUGCCCAUCGUGACCCAGAUUUAUUUGAACUCAUCAAAGUUAUAGCCGACCUGACUGUCAGAAUUAAUGUGAGCAUGGUCAGUUCACAUAGACCUGAGUUUUUCCCCAUCACAAAAGCUCCAUAUCCUUACUACAAUAUGGGAGGAGAUUCAACGCUCCGGUCAGGAACAGGAGAGAUAUAUGUGGUCAAGUACGUGGACGGCUGUGGUCAGGACAAAAGUGGAAGCAGCUACGAUGAACUUAACCGUAAGUACGAGAAAACGUACAAGUUCUGCCCCUGCACAAAUUGUAAAGACUCUAAGGAUGCAAAAAAUGUCUGGUGGGAGAUUUUUGUGUACACCGCCGCUCAUGUAGUGUUCGACGAAUCGGAAGCUGAACACACAAGAAUUCGAUUAUUUUUUGAUGAACGCAAUUGUCCAAAGGUCAUACUGGAUAAUUUCAGCGUUGGCUUUACUAACGUCCAGAGAGACAUUUGUGUGUUGAAAUACGAGACGUGUGACGUUUCACUAGGAGAUAAUCUUUACAAGAAGGUGGUGCUUUGUAAUGAUUUGUGGAGUAAAGUGGAUACAAUUUACGAGAAGAAGCCCACUUCACGUUUCAACUUUAUUGUAUCACAUCCUCACGGGUUAAAUAAACAGGUCAGUUUCGGUCAGUGGACGGAAAAUUGUAAACACAGCGUUUACAACGAGAAGUGGGAUUUUACCAAGUUGACCUACACUACGAGUACAUGUCCAGGCAGUAGUGGAGCCAGUGUCUACUGCCUGGGCUUGUCCACUGGUCAUGUGCACAACGGAGCUUUAUCAUCUGGUUUGAACUAUAGCAGUAUAGACUUGUACAAGAAAUAAUUUUAAAUUGAAAAGAAGACAGAAGAGUAUCAUUUUCUAAGGAAUUUGCAUCAGUUUUAAUACACUGUCUUCUCUCACUCCCUUCCCUCUCUCUCUCUCUCUCUCUCUCUUAUUAUAAGUACGUGUGUGUACUUCAAAUCUGGAAUAAUGGGUCGAAGAAGUGACGAAUCACAUCAAAUUCUGUGAAAACAUGUGUGUCAGUACUAAGAGCAUCAAGAUAUACCCCAACAAUAAACCAUGGGUCACUACAAAAAUAAAACGGGAAAUCAUCAAAAAGAAAAGAGCAUAUAGGCCUAUGAGUGGCGACAGACAGGAAAGGAAAAGAGCUCAACGUCGUUCUUGAGGAAGGGAGGAGAAACUACCGCACCAAGCUGGAAGACUCGAUUAAGACAGGUGACAUGAGACAGGCUUGGGGUAUCAUGAACAAAAUGGAAGGAGCACAAGUCAAAAGUAAAAGUAAUCUUGCUACAAGAUACGACAAAACAUUAUCCAACGAGUUAAAUGGUUUCUAUUGUCGUUUCGACACUAACGAUUUUAAUUAUCUAAGACUCAAAGUCUUUGAGGAUGUCAAAGUUAAUAAUUGUUUAGAAUUAGCGAUUACUAAAGAACAAGUAUGCAACAUUUUCAAAAAAGUAAACCCAACGAAAGCUGGUGGGCCUGAUGGAAUAAAACCGAGAAUUUUAAAAGAGUGUGCUGAACAACUAGCUGAACCUUUCCUAGAGAUUUUUUUCCACUUCCUUACUAAACCAUGAGAUACCAUCUGUGUGGAAGUCGUCCAUAAUUGUACCUGUGCCAAAGGUUUCCAAAACCAAAGGAAAUGAAUGACUUUAUACUCUGUUUCACUUACUUCCAUUGUGUCUAAAUGUUUAAAAAAACUGGUUAAAAUGUUUCUUCUGAAUGAUCUUGGUAAUAAGUUGGACCCUUUACAAUUUGCUUACCAAAAGGGUAAAGGUGUAGACGAUGCCAUUUUAAAUAUUUUAAAUUGUGUCUACAAACAUCUGGACUUACCGAACACUUA